UUAUCAAGAGUCUCAUCCUCACUCUCCCUUCCCUCUCUCCUCUUUCUCUCCCGAAGUAUAUUUUUAUAUGUAAAGUAAUCUCUUAGCGACUGAUAAGGUCUAUAAGUUAUCUAUUCCACCUUCUCUUCAUCUCCUUUCUGAUGAAGCAACUCUAAUUUUGCUUAUAAAAUUUAUCAAAUCUCUGUUCAUUUUCAGUUUAAGAAUCUUCAUUUUUUCUCUAUAGUUUGAAUAUGACCCUGAGAUUUUCACUGCAAUUCAUAAGAUUUGUGGCACAAAUCUAGAUCGGUCAUGACUUGCAAUGGGAUGGCUUUCUUCCCAACAAAUUUCAUGCCGCAAGCACCUCAUGAAGAUGAUCGUCAACAUCCCACCUCUCUCAAUCCAAUUUUAUCGUCAUGCACACCUCAAGACUUUCAUGGGGUUGCAUCAUUUCUAGGAAAGCGAUCAAUGUCGUUUUCGGGAGUCGAUAUUGGUGAAGACGCAAAUGGAGAGGAUGAUUUGUCUGAUGAUGGAUCACAGGCAGGAGAAAAGAAAAGGAGGCUUAACAUGGAGCAGGUUAAAACCCUUGAAAAGAAUUUUGAAUUGGGGAACAAACUUGAGCCUGAGAGAAAAAUGCAGCUGGCUAGGGCUCUUGGUCUCCAACCAAGACAGAUCGCUAUUUGGUUCCAAAACAGAAGGGCUAGGUGGAAAACCAAGCAACUUGAGAAAGACUACGAUCUACUUAAAAGACAAUAUGAAGCCAUCAAAGCAGAUAAUGAUGCACUCCAAGCUCAAAACCAAAAGCUUCAUGCUGAGAUAUUGGCACUGAAAAGCAGAGAAGUGACUGAAUCGAUCAAUCUGAAUAAAGAAACUGAGGGAUCUUGCAGUAAUAGAAGUGAGAACAGUUCUGAUGUAAAGUUGGAUAUAUCAAGGACACCAGCUAUUGACAGCCCUCUAUCUAAUCAUCCAACAAGUAGAUCUCUUUUCCCAACUUCAUCUUCAUCAGUGAGGCCAACUCCAACCGGAGUGGCUCAGCUUUUCCACAACCACAAUUCGUCAUCAAGGCCUCAUGACCUCCAGAUGGGUAAGGAAGAAAGCCUUAGCAGCAUGUUCUGUGGCAUGGACGAUCAGUCGGGAUUUUGGCCAUGGUUGGAGCAUCAACAUUUCAGUUGAAAUUAUAAAUUCAACUACUACUUCCCAGUGUUGUCAAUUUGUAAUAUACCCAUUUCCCAAGUUUGUCAAUGUUUUAAACCAAGAGACCAGGCAAUUUGAUUACUAUAUUAUUCUAUGAGUUUUUAGUCCAUGUUUUGGUACGUAUGAUUAGAGUGGCCUAUAAAGUAGAAUACAUCAACUUGAGUUUUCAUUAGGGCCUAUGAUCUUCUAUGAAGUAAUAAAGGGUUGUGUGUCUUUGAGUUUCA